AUGGCUGUCCCCUUCGUCCAAGUCUCCGAGGAGGAGUUUCGCGACUUCGGUCGCAAGCACUUUCCCGGCGCGCCGCAGCCCAUCGUUCUUCCAUCCUUUGUGACGCCCUCGGCCAACUCGCCGCCUGCCCACAACACGUCUCCGUCCUCGGCUGCCUCGGACAUUGCCUACAAUGCCGGCUUCACUGCUGGUGUUAGCUUUGGACACGCCCAUGGACGCGCUUCUGGCUAUUACGAGGGCUACAAUGCGGCAGCUGCUCAGCUCGGUGCUCCGACUGCCAACACUCCUGAUGCCGCUCAGCCAGACGUCGGCCACGCUGAGGCUGACGCCGAGGACCAGGUCUACGAGGCCCACGAUUACGAGGAAGAGGAAGACUUGGGCUUCUAUCCUGAUGGAGUCCGGCGCACCGUUGAUGAUGAGGCUGUCAAGUUCUACCGUCGCUCUGAGCUUAUGCAGAUGCUCAAGGAUGCCAAGAUCCGUGUCGCUGAGCGCAAGGAGCGCGAGGCCGAGGAGCAGAAUGACGUGAAGCCAAAGCUUGAAGCUCAGGUCGUCGAUGGGCUUGCGCAAGCCGAACUAGACAAGGUCGAGCCUCAAGAUGUCAAGGAAGUCAACCACGACGAGCCGAAUGUUGUCAAGCCCGUCGGCACGGUUGUGCAUGAGCCUGUGGCCCCGGGCAUGGUCAUGCACGAGGACCAAGCUGAUGCAGGUGCUGACACUCCCUCAUCUACGACGAUGGUCGGUGAUGAGACCUGUAAGCGCCCAACUCCUCUCAACGCAAAGAAAAGGUUGACUGCUGUUCCAGAAGCACAUAGGGGCAAGAAGCGGAAGCGUCCUGCGCGCAAUCCUCCUCCGGAUAUUGAAGGCAUCACCUACCGCAGGAUCGCGCGUGAACUGGAUCAAAUGCCAAACGAGUCGGUGGAGCUCGACUACUGA